AAAACCACGCGCCGUUUCCAUGGAAAUCAGUACACAAACAAUCUCUUUUUCUGGCGACAGGACAAUCAGGACUGCUUGUGGAUAUUUUUCUAAACAUUUAAUAAAUGCACACUUUAUAUACAAAAAGUUUAAAGAUGCAGGACACCAACACAAACAAAGCAAAGAGAGCUGCAUCAGACAUGCCACCACCCAGUGCUGCUAAAAAGCCUCGACUUGAUCAAUCCCUCAUCACUAGUGCAUUAAAAACACUGCAGGAUUCCUGUGCAGAUGUUUUAUCUCCAAACUGGAUUGAUGCACUAGUUAAAGGGAAAUGUGACCUUCCUUCUCUGACAGAUGAAGAAAAAUCUGUCAUUUCCAAGUUUUGUGUGAACGAGUCGUUGGCAGAGACGUUUCUGAAAGCGGUUUUGGAGAAGAUCAAGGCGGAGAAAGAGUCUAUGGGACAUGAACUCCUGCAGUCUCUCUGUAGGGUUUAUGUGGGAUUGUGUCAAAAGAGAGGAGACUCUCAUAAAGCACAUGCCCUCGCCUACAGAUUUCUUAAAGAAGACUUUUCUCAAGCCCCAAAACUGAUAAUGGUCAUGGUGACAGCAUGGCCAAGUGUUUUCUCCUGUAACAGCCCUUUAUGCAGAGCCGUUCACAUCGUGUGCAAAAUGAAGGCAUACGGAAAGAUUUAUUACUUGCUCAGCAAAUAUCUGCACUGGGAUACAGAGCCUCCUGGAGACAUCUACAGAGCCAUCACCAGCACACUGAAGGCUCUUCUGAAAGACAAAAGUCUGACUUUCCAGAAGAGCAGUUGAUCUCUGUCCUGCUGCCUGGGACUACGUAUUCAGCCUGGACCUUCUCUGUGCACAACUGGGCUGGAUUUGGACCGUCUCCCAUGUUAUACGGGCGACUUGGCCAAAAUGGCCUUAAGGAGAACGUGGCAGCAUCAGUUGAGGAUCUGGUGAAAAGUGUAAAUGAGUUCAGGGGGCAAAAAGAUUUGCCGUGGGAGCUGCAGCUCGCAGUGGUUUAUGCCACUCAUGAUCUGGCACCCAGCAACCCCAAAGUCGCUCUGAACGCUUUGGAGUCGUGGAGAAAAGACCUCACAAAGCCCAUUCCUCCAGCCGUCACCAAGUGCCUGAAGCAGAUCAGCUUCCUCUGUUCUCACAUAAAGACAAAAAAAAUGAUCACAUUAAAUAAUGUUUAAUAGAUUAAAUUUUUUAUAUUUUUGUAGAUAAAUAAAUAAAAUACAUAAUAGAUCUGCACAGUGUUAUUGAUCGUCUCUUUACAGUGGCGGGUCGUGCAUUUUACACCCAAUCAUCUGCCUUCAGUCCCAAUCAUCCUCUUAAUAACA